AUGUGCUUAAAAGAACGAAAACCUAAAAAUAAUCAUGUGAUGUCGACCUUGAGGAUUAGAUGUAAGCGACAGAAUGACCAGAAAAUUAAUAAAUAUCCUACAUACUUGAAAUUUCGUUCUCUUAUCACUCUCUUUCUCACCCUUUCUCUCUCUUAUUUUCACUUUCACUCGUUUGUCAUACCUUUUCUCUCUCUCCCCUUUCUCUCUUAUAGUUUCUCUUUCAUAUGGUAUCGCUCUCUUUCAUCGCUUUCUCAUCUUCUUUCCCUCAUCCCACAAAUUUUUUCUCUCUCUCUCUUUCAUUCAUCUCCCACAUACUUUUAUCUCUCUCUCACACACACACACAUUUCUUUUCUCUCUUUUAUUUCCUCUCGUCUCUCUCUCUCUCUCCUAUAUAUAUAUUUCGCUUUCGUCUCUCUCUCUUAUUGUUUCUCUUUCAUAUCGUAUCUCUCUCUUUCAUCGCUUUUCUUUCUCAUCUUUCUCUUAACCCACAAAUUUCUCUCUCUCUCUCUCUCUCUCUCUCUGUGUGUCUUUCACUCAUCUUCCACCUUGUUUUCUUUUUUUUCUACCUCUUUUUCUUUCCUCUCCUUUCUCUCCCAUAUAUUUUUCGCUUUCAUCUCUCUCCCUCCGAUCUCUUCUGUCUUUCUCACUUUAAGCCUCAAAGUCACAUAUUCUUCUCACUCCUCACUAUUUCCUUCAUGUUCUCUCUCUCACCCCACUUUCUCUUUUUUUUUUUCAGUAAUAUUUCUCUUUCUCUUUUCUGUCUAUUACUUCCAUAACAGGCCUAAUUUCUCUCUCUUGCUUACCACUCUCUCUCCCAAAAUUCCCUCAUUCACCCUCUCAUAUUCACACCAUUCCUCUUUUUCUCUGUCCAUUUCAUUUUCUUUAUAA